AUGAUCGCCUACUACAAGAAGAAGACGCUGGGCCUCGUGGCUCUCGCCUCGCUGCUGCUAGCCGGAAGCGUAGCGAAACCACUCCCGCGACAGGAGGAGGGGCAAGGAACGGGCAUUUCGGAUCUGGAUGCGAAUCGCCAGGAUCAUCGACGACUCAGCAUUGCUGAUAACACUACUACGAACUCGAGCAACACGACGCUCCCGGACGUCCUCCGAGGAGUCAAUAUCGGCGGCUGGUUGGUGCUGGAGAAAUGGAUGUAUGACGAUGACGACAACCCGUUCAGAGGCACGAACGCCACUGAUCAGUAUACUUUCGACCAGACGCCCAACGCUGCAGCCACUUUGAAGAAACACUGGGAGACAUAUUUCACGGAGGUGGAUGUCGAGAAGAUUGCUUCUUGGGGUAUCAAUGCGCUUCGGAUUCCUAUUGGCUACUGGGCUUACGACGACGACAACGACGAUACGCCGUAUCUGAGAGGCGCGGACGAAUACAUGGAGAAGGCUAUUGUCUGGGCGCGCAAGUAUGGUCUCAAAGUGUUGGUCGAUUGCCAUGGCUCGCCCGGAUCGCAAAAUGGUUUCGAUAAUAGCGGGCGUGCUGGGAACGUGGCCUGGCAGAGCGACGACAAUCUGCAGCAGAGCAUUACCGUGCUGGAGACCAUGGCGCAGAAGUACGGCUCGAAGCAAUACGCCGACGUCGUCUUUGGUCUCGAACUCGUCAACGAGCCGAUAUCUUGGGGCUCCAACAAUUUCGAUCUCACCCAGACCUGGUCGCAACAAGCCUACAACGCCGUACGCAACGCUUCGGACAACAAGGAGCUCGUGAUUGUGAUGCACGACAGCUUCACGACACCCUGGGCUUGGCAGAGUGUAGGAUCCAAGAUCCUCGCCAACACGCCCAAGCGCGACGCCGGAUUCGCCAUCGACACACACCUGUACCAGAACCAAGUGGCAUCGGACAGCGAUCCCUCCCAAGAGCAACACAUCGCCAAGGCGUGCAACUGGACCAACUCCAACCUGCUGCCCGCGUCGUCGAAUCUGCCCGUCUUGGUCGGCGAGUUCAGCGCGCAGACGAACGUCUGUGCGUAUCCGGAUGGCACGACGACGGGCGGGAGGGCGUGCGACGUCGAGGGCUGUCAGUGUUCGUCGAAUGUGGAAAUUCCGAACUGGCUGCAGCCGCUCCGGACGGCGAGCAGGAAAUUUUUGGAGGCGGAGUUGGAUGCGUUCGAGCAUAGUGCCAGGGGAUGGUUCUUGUGGUCGUACAAAGGGCCUGGGGCUUGGGGACUGGAGAAUGUGAUGCGGUAUGGACUCUUGGGGGAGAGGGUGACGGAUCGACAGCUUCCGAAUCAGUGUGGGUUUGAGCGGUAG